CCGACUCCAGGCAAAGUUUUUCCUCGGACAAAAAAGACUUGAGAGAGGAAGAGCUGCUGCGGUUUCGACGGGGGAAAGAGAAGUGGAGGUUGUGACUGAAACUGAAGAGCAGCAUGGAGACCUCCGCUCCAACAGCCACAGAGAAGAAGGAGUGUAAGCCCUCAGGUCUGGAUGGAAGCAGCUUCUCAGAACUCCCCAAAAAGCCCUCACCCACCACUCUGACCAGAGGUGCCCACCACCUCUUCCCUACGUUCCACGCACCUAUCCCAAUCGACAUGAGACACCACGAGGGGCGGUACCAUUAUGAGCCGCACCCACUUCAUGCUAUGCAUGGACCUCCAGGGCUGACGGGCAGUCCAGUCAUCUCAGAUAUUUCCCUGAUCCGUCUAUCGCCCCAUGCAGCGGCUGGAACGGGUGAGUCACCGUUCAGUCCACCACAUCCGUACGUCAGCCCCCACAUGGAGCACUACCUACGCUCGGUGCACGGUAGCCCGACCCUCUCCAUGAUCUCAGCUGCCCGAGGACUGAGCCCCGCUGAAGUGACCCAUGAACACUUGAAGGAACGUGCCCUCUUUAGCCUCCCCCCUCCUCCGCCGGGGGCCAACCCCACAGAGUACUACCACCUGAUGGCCAGCGCCAGUCAGCGAAGCCCCUAUGGUGACCUGCUGGUGCAGAGCGGGGCAGCAGCCGCCGCAGCAGCUGCAGCCGCAGCAGCAGCAGCAGCUCAUCUACCUGAUUACAUCAGCCCUAUGGAUGUGUCACGUUUCUCCAGCCCACGGCUGACGCCCCGGCUGAGCAGGAAGAGAGCGCUGUCCAUUUCCCCACUGUCAGAUGCCAGCAUCGACCUGCAGACCAUGAUCCGCACCUCGCCCAACUCCCUCGUGGCCUACAUCAACAACUCCCGCUCCAGCUCAGCUGCCAGCAGCUCCUACGGGCACCUUUCAGUCGGAGGGAUCAGCCCCUCGUUCAGUUUCCCUCAUCCCAUCAACCCAGUGGCGUACCAGCAGCUGUUGUCCCAGCAAAGGGGUCUCAACGCCUUUGGCCACACACCGCCUCUUAUUCAACCGUCGCCAUCCUCCUUUUCUGCUCGCCAGCACCCCCUCACCGCGUCACCCAUGACCACCUCCCACAACAGCUCCAACUCUGAGGCAAACCAGAAUGCCGGUGGAGACCCAGCAGUGAGCAGCACAGUCAACCCACUGACCACCAAGAGGUCAAAGGUCAAGACAGAAGCAGAAGGUCCACUGCCCAUCUCGCCAACCUCUCAGGACCAUGGUGGAGGGAUCUUGGACUUGAGUGAGGAUCUGGACAAAGACGAGUGUAAGCAGGAGCCCGAGGCCAUAUAUGAGACAAACUGCCACUGGGAGGGCUGCACCAAGGAGUAUGACACCCAGGACCAGCUCGUCCAUCACAUCAACAACGACCACAUCCAUGGUGAGAAGAAGGAGUUUGUUUGUCGCUGGGACGAGUGUUCGCGGGAGCAGAAGCCCUUCAAGGCUCAGUACAUGCUGGUGGUCCACAUGAGGCGACACACAGGGGAGAAGCCACAUAAAUGCACAUUUGAGGGCUGCUCCAAAGCUUACUCUCGUCUGGAGAACCUCAAGACCCACCUCAGGUCCCACACCGGAGAGAAGCCGUAUGUGUGUGAACACGAAGGCUGCAACAAGGCCUUCUCCAACGCCUCAGACCGGGCCAAGCACCAGAACCGCACACACUCAAACGAGAAACCAUAUGUGUGUAAGAUCCCUGGGUGCACCAAGCGCUACACGGACCCCAGCUCUCUCAGGAAGCAUGUCAAGACAGUCCACGGACCAGAGGCCCACGUCACCAAGAAACAACGCAGCGACGCUCCUCCACGACAGCAGCCACCCAAAGGCAACGGCGAGAACGAGGCCAAUUCCAAGCACGGUGCAAGAGGCAUGGAUGGCAAGAUGGAGGCAAACAGCACCUCCAGAGGAGUGGAGGACUGCCUACAAAUCAAGUCUAUCAAGACAGAGAGCUCUAUGACGUAUCAGUCCAGUCCUGGCGGCCACUCGUCAUGUAGCAGCGAGCCGUCACCUCUCGGCAGCGCCAACAACAACGACAGUGGGGUAGAGAUGGCCAUGCACAGCGGGGGCAGCUUCGGGGACCUCACCGCACAGGAUGAGUGCCCCAUGGUUGACUCCACUGUUCCCGCUGGGGGACAGCAUGGUGGGGUGGGGCUUCAGUUGAGGAAAGCUGCAGGUCACGGUGGAGGGGUCACCAUCAAGCUGGAAAACAUCAAAAAGGAAAGGCUGAAGACAGUGAGGGACUCCUGCCCCUGGGUCAACUCCGCACCACAGCCACUACAGGGCCAACGCAGCAGCAUGAAGCUUCCGCCCAUACCUGCAGUCGGUUCCCUGCUGGAGAGCUCCAACAUGAUGAGUAACCUAAGUGGUCUGCACCCCAGUCAACGCAUGGGUGACCUGUCUUCAUGUGAAAUAACGCUGCUGAACCAGCUGAAUGAGCGGCGCGACAGCACCACCAGCACCAUCAGCUCAGCCUACACCUUGAGUCGCCGCUCUUCCGGUAUUUCACCCUGCUAUUCCAGUCGUCGCUCCAGCGAGGCGUCUCAGUUUGGCGCUAACCGCCACAACAACAUCAGCUCGGCAGACUCCUACGACCCGAUCUCGACUGACCUGUCUCGCCGUUCGAGUGAGGCCAGCCACUGUGGAGGUGGUGGUGUCAGUGGUGGAGGUGGAGGAGGUCUCCCAAGCCUCCUCAGUCUGACACCAGCUCAGCAUUAUCGGCUCAAGGCAAAGUACGCUGCUGCCAUUGGUGGAGCUCCACCCACACCUCUCCCCAAUAUGGAUCGAAUGAGCCUGAGGACCCGCAUGGCCUUGUACAGUGACUCCCAGGAGGGCUCAUCGCAUCCAUUCCAUCAGCCACCUUGUGGAACUGCACCCCGGCGCUGCAGUGACACUGGGUAUGGCACUCAGAGUAUGAUGCCCCAUGAGGUACCCACCAACCUUCCACGCCGUGCCAGUGACCCAGUGCGUCGUCCCACUGACCAUCUCUCCUUUCCAAGGGUGCAGCGCUAUAACAGCAUGAACAGCAUGAACCCCCUGAAUGGUCCAUCUGCUUCAGAACACCACCAGGCUCUGGCUAUGCAGGGCUACACUCGCUCUGAUGGCAGCCUGCAACGCUACCCAUUUGCCCCCAGACCACCUAGCAUCUCUGAGAACGUAGCCAUGGAGAACAUGGCAGUAGAUGGGAUGAUGACUGGGGGGGAGCAAAGUGGGGAGGAUGAUAUGGUGCUCCCAGAUGAUGUGGUGCAGUACCUCAGGUCCCAGAAUUCUGGCCCAUCAGGUCACACCUCGGGGCAAGUGGACUAUCAUCCUAACAAUCAGACUCAGGGCUACCAGACAGGCAUGGCCCCAGCAGCAUCAUUUUACGCGCAGAGGAGGAUGGCCAUGGUGGACGCCACCAUGACUCAGUCUGGCCAGGAUCUGACAUUCUCAGCACCAUCAGACAACAUGAACAAGAAUAACAUGCCGGUGCAGUGGAAUGAGGUGAGCUCAGGGACUGUGGACACCACAACCAAGCUCUCCAGACAGCAGCAGCAUCCUCUCAGGGGGAACCUUGCUGUCGUUCAGCAUAGGCACAAUUUAGGAUCCUUCCAGGCACAAGGUCAAGGCCUGGGCAGCAACCAGCAGGUUGUGCCUAUGAGUCAGAAUAUGACUAUGCAGGGGUACGCAAACCACAACAGCCAGAGGCUGAUGAACAUUACCCACCAGCAGAAUCAGCAACAGAGGCAAUGCAACAAUGCGAACUUUAGUGAGCACAUGAGUCCUCAGCAAGGGUAUGGCCAAGAGGCAAUCCCUAACUCUAUGGCUGGGAGCACUAGUGUGAGAUCUACCCGCAACAGUAUGGCAGAUCCUGAACUGCAAAGUUACAGAGCAAGGACACAGGCUGAUGAGUACUCUCAUGUGAAUCAAGUGGAUCAGCAGCAGAAUUACAGCGUUCUCUCCCAGCAGCAGCAGCAGCAGCAGCAGCAGCAGCAGCAGCAGCACAACAUCCAUACCGGAGGCAGAGGAAUGUUACAACCCCGGCCCCCCACAGAGCCCAAGUCUAUAACCAGACAACUCACAGGGUCUGGCAUGAUGCAGCCAAGCAGAAUACCCAAGCCCACUGAUCUGAGCCACAGUCAUGGUAAUGACACCUCAGAGGCGAGCCCAAAGAGGCCCAGUGGGUCAGUGGCCCACAACAGCAACUCUGAAAAUGCGAACUCUGCCAUGUUCUACACAGGUCAGAUUCAUGUGUUUGAGCCAACUUCUGUCAGCUUUGAUACCCCCAUGUCCCCCUGUGUCAGCCAGGCUCCUGCCAGCAGCAACACUGCAGCAGCCAACAUGGCCUCCCCAGGAGUCAACCAAGUCUCCAGCAGUACAGUGGAUUCUUCCACUGGUGGAUCUGGUGGCACAGAACAUGCCCAGAUUGACUUUGACACCAUGCUUGAUGAUGGAGACCACUCCAGCCUAAUGUCGGGCACCCUAAGUCCUGGCCUUCUGCAGAGUCUCUCCCAGAGUUCCUCACGUCUGACCACCCCUCGCAACUCCGUUACCCUUGCGUCUGUACCGGCAGGGAUUGGCAACAUGGCCAUUGGUGACAUGAACUCCAUGCUCACAGCUUUGGCAGAAGAAAGUAAGUUUCUCAAUAUGAUAAGCUGAGAGCAAUCAAACCUCAUCACCAACCCAUUCUUACCAUUUGUACAUCAGGAAUAUAAUGGACUACAUGAGAAAGCACUGAUUGAACAAUGCAAAACUGGUUAUUUCAUACAUUUUUGUCUUUAUUGGCCAUAGUAAUAUGCUCAUCUUGUAAUAUUUGCUUCAGAUUAUAAUAUGUUACAUUAAAAUUGAAUAGUAAGUAUAGCUAGGGUUAAGGACCAUUUUCUAUCAUCAUUUGUUAAAAAGCCAUAAUUUUUAGCUACAAAUAUAUGAUAGCCCAGGGUAUAUGAAUGCAUCUACAAACAACUGCCAUUCAGUAUUUGCUGGUGUCAAUGCCCUUUACAAAGUGGUGCACUGAAAGCAGUUCACAUAGUGCCUUGCUGAGGACUGAGCGUGACAUGACAGUUACCAGGAAAUGGACACGACAUGUAGAUAUCAGAUAAUAUUUUCUCAUGAAGACCUUUAUGUGUAUAGAUUAUAAUGUAUGGUACUUGCUUUAAGUUAUGCUAUAGACGUUUGAUGUUUGAACUAGGGCUGUCAAAGGUACAGUAUCAUAUCAACACCUACUAUUAAUUCACAAAGGAUAAUGAAUGAUUUUUUUAAUGACAUCAAUAACAUUUGUUUGUUUUUUUUCUUGAGAAUUGUAAAACAUAUUCUCACAAGGCUAAGCAAUAGUUUGCUGUAGCCUCUGUGUGCACAGCUCAAAGAGACUUGUAGUGCUAGCCUUGAACUUACACUAUAAAAAAGAAAUUAAAAUUAAUAAAGAUUAACUUUUCAAUUGUGACCAGGUUUAAAACUAUCACAUGAUUUAGAAGGACAGCUAUAGUUACAUAUGUAAUUUCAUACACAGAACAACUGUGUCCACCAAACCUGCUGGUGCUUAAAUCAGUAAAGGUCCCAUAUUGUGUUUGGUUUAAAGUGUUGAUCCAUAAGAAGAUA